CCCCAGGAAUUGACUGUACCUACCUACCUACUGUACUCCAACAUGAUAUCAUAAAUGACCGUACUUGGACUUCAAGAGAAGGUUCACAAGUUCCCAUACAAACAAUGAUUUAUCAACUUUAGUAUUUUGAUUGAUCGACCACCUGAGUCUAUCAACUAUUCUCAAUUACCUACUUUCAAUCAAGGGACGAACCUUUCACGGCAACAACAUCUUUCCAGAAACGAUUCUCUUCGACGAUUUCUUUCAUCCUUCAUACCUUCUGAUGACCUCAACAUUUGUCUUCCUUUCAAACUAAACCUUUAGGUUGAUACAACAGUCCAGAUCUUCCGGUAAUCUUUAGAUUAUCUCACAUUAUCUGCACAACGAUGACACCCACAAUGGAGUCGGGUAUGGAUUCGAGGGAGUUUUCUACAUGUCCUAUGGAGCAUAGAACUACCCCCACCGCCAUAUAUUCAUGGAGAGUAUGUCUCUCUAAUCACUACUUUUUGAUGACAUUUAUCUUACGUACUUUAGCCUCCAUCACCACCCCAUAUCCAUAUACCACCAAUUGUCGGUGCGAAUGCCCAGAUCGUUUUAUCGGAAUAUCGCGGAUUGGGUGAUGAAGAAGAGACUCGAAAGAUAUUGAGCGUAAUUACAAAAGGACAAAAUGUAUCUGUGGAAAGAUCUGACUGGAAAUAUGAGAUGCGACGCCAUAUUCAAGCCAUCUUAUCUUUUCUUUAUCUUGGACCAUCCUCAGGCGCAAGAGAGAUUGAAACGUUGAAAAGGGAAGGGAUCACUAUGUUACUAGUGAUCAGAGAUACUAUGACCGCACAGGCAAGAAUUUUGAGCGGCGCAAAAGUGGCACAACAGCUGGGUAUUGAAGCCGCUGCCGUUGAUGUUAGUGGAAACAUGGAACUUAUUGCCGCCUUUCCUCGAGCCAUACAAACAAUAAACGAUCAUCUCAUUCGAAUGUUUAGACAACGGAAUCCUCAAGGAGUAAACAGUAGGCCAUUGGCUGCAACACCAAAGGUUCUUCUCUUCUGCGAAUCUGGAAAUGAAAGGUCUGCUGCUGUCACCGUAGCAUAUCUCAUGGCGACUUAUGAGUUAGGUCUAAUCGAAGCCAUACAGUAUGUACAAAACCAGCGCUUUUGUGUAGCUUUUGAUGAUGAGAUGAAACACACAUUGCUAAAUUACCACCAACUUCUGGAAGCUAAACGAAGUGUCACUCAAACUCGACAAGCUGAGGCAACUGUGUCAUUGAAAUCAAAGAGACGACUUGAGGUGGAUGAUGAGGAUGGCGAUAUGGACAUGGGUCAAUCUCAACGGGAUGACUGGGAUAGAUUUGGUGGACGGACGAAGUUUAGUCCGUUUGUUUAGCUUGAAAGGCAUUAUAUGGCGAGGCUGUUGCAUGGUGACGGCGAUUUGUUCGCCCUACGGUGGAGACGGGCGUAUGGCAUAGAAUUCGUUACAUAUUUCGCAUAACAGGCGUUCAACGAUACCCAAACGGCAUUGCGGGGUCAGUUUACGGUACACAUCGGAGAAAUUUAGCAGGAGUUUUGCAAAUUACAAUCAAUAUCUAUUCUUUCUGUUUUGGUCAAUGGCCAAUAUGAUGUGGCAGACCUCAACGCAAUCAUGUCAAAGUAUGAGAGCAUCAUAUCAUAUCAAUAAUGAUAAUUCUAGCCAUCAG